AUGGUGUACGAGUUAGAUGAAUUCAGUGGGUUUAUUUUGAUUAGGCUAAUGUCUUCAGGGAAGAUUGAAGCUCAACGAUAUUGUGCCUUACGGGAUUUGGUAUAGAAUUUUGAUAUAGCUCACAGAGAACUAUUGUUCAAUUUUGAGGAUAGUUUACUAUACUCCUCGAGUGAUGAUGAAUAUGAAUUUCCUAAAAGGUUUAAGUAUUUGAACCUUGACUAUCUUCGUGGUUAUUUGAAUGACAAUAUCGCAGAAAGCCUAGGUUUCAGAAUGCAGAAGUCCCAUAAGGAUUUUCAGCAGGAGGAAUCUUUUAACCUAGACUUUCAUGAAAUUUUGUAUGAGAAGUUAACGGUCUGCGGAUUUGGUUGAUUCAGGUCUUCUUUUCCACUUUAUUUUGUCUUCAAUAACAUUAGCUUACCAACAAGGAUAUGCAAAGUUGCUUCGAGGCAAACGUGGGCAACCUUCCCUUUGAGACUUUUACUACUAGCUUUCUCUAGCUAUCCUGAGUUACUUGAUGUGCCCUUCGAUGACAUGACCAUGCCUCUGGAAUUUUUCAUUGUUCCAGACCUUCCUCAGUUGCCUCCAUUCCUAUUAGUGAAGCCUUCAUGCUACAGCACUAAGUGGUCACAUAAAAUGCAGCAUGAUGAUUCGCUUGUUGGUCUUGUUCUUCCUCUUCCUAUCCUACUUACACUUCAUGAGUUUCGUAAUGGUUGUCCUGAUUCAGAGAAAAUGUGUGGAUUUUUAUUAGAUGUGGAGUUUAGCUUUAGGUCCAAUGAAGUAAUGCGGGUUAUUGUAGAAAUGGCUGUAUCAGAUUUUUGCUUGCUUAACAACGAUGAAAUCGUCUCUCUUGUGAGAUGUUACUAUCCUAAUGACACAAUGGAUAGCGUUCGGCUAGAACAUUUUGAUGAUCUAUGUCCCAUUGAAUUCAAGUUUGAUGUUCCUGUCAUGAACUUUGUGAUGGAUGCCUUAUGCUUGAUCGAAGAAUGGAUAAUUAUGGUUAUCCUAUUGAAAAUUCAAGCACUUUUCUUCACUUUAAUCCUUGAGGACAAGGAUUAUUUUGAGGUGGAGGUAUUUGAUACGAGCCAAAAUGAAAAUACCAAGCAAAACGAACGAUGCAUUUUGCUCUAA